UUUCUGUCUGCGGCGUUACCUGGGGCACAAGUGGAGUUCAGGCCGGCGGCGAUUGGACUUUUGCAUGGCUUGGAAACAGGAAUCAGAAUUUACAAAGAGAGAUAGAGCUGCCAGAGUCAUUCAGAAGGCCUGGAAAAGUUUCCUUAAUGUCGCUGUAUUCCAACACUUUAAAAGUCUGAUUAAUAUAAGAAGACAAGGGGAGCCACGUCAGAUACUGAAAUACAUUAAUCCUAAAGAGGCAGAACUUCUAGAUGCUGCUGCUGGCAUUAAUGUACGAUUCAGAUUAGGUGGUGUUAAAUUUCCACCUGAAAUAUACUAUAAAAUUUUCACUCACAGACAUAUUGAAGAUCUGUGUGCUAAUAGUCCUAGAGAUUACACAAAACUUCCAGCAAAACAUACAUCUCAUAUUAAAAGUGAUAAUCUUCAGGAAGAGGAUUAUAGUGGCUGGUAUCAUCGUACAGAGAACAAUGGCUGGAGGCCUGUUUCUGAUAAA